AUUCAGUAAAUUAUUCAAAAUAAAAAUUUUGAAAUGGAAAAAAUUGCUUAUUUUGAGUUUUUUAUUACAAAUAUUAAAAACGAACAAGUAAAUGAAAUUACUGAUGAUAUUACUCAUUUGUUAAAUGAAUUAUCUAAACUUGAUCCAAAAUGUUUAAGAGAAAAAGAUUACGAAAAAUUAAUAAAAUAUUUGCCUUUAUCACUAAAUAUUUAUAAUGAUCAAGUUAUAGCGGCAGCUUGUAAUGUAAUUGCAUCAUUAAGUACAGAUGAAUUAGCUAGACAGUAUUUCGGUCAAAAAAUAAUAAUAUCUACUGUGAAUAUAUUUAAAUCGUUAAUAAAUCGUUCAGUCAAAGACAAAUAUAUUCAAGAAUGUUUUCUUCAAACAUGUCGUGCUAUUGGAAAUCUUUGUUAUUAUCAUGAAGAAAAUACCAAGCAUGCAUUAAAAGAAGGAUGUCUGAUAAUUACAAUGAAAGUUAUAAAAACAAUUUCAGAAGAAAGCCUUCUAUCUGUCCUUAUUGGAUUAUUAUUGAAUUUAACUCAUUUGGAUGGUUAUAGUUACAAGUUUCCAGAUGAUAUGAUCGAAGAAUUGAAUGCUUUGGGUAUCAAAUACAUCAAUAAUAAUAAUUUUAAAUUAUAUAUUAAUUUGUCAUCAAUAAUGAUUAAUAUUGUCAGAAAAUCUUCUAAUAUCAGAAAAAUAACAGAUUAUGAAAAAUGUUCUUUUAUUGAUAAUUUAUUGGAUAAAUAUUAUAUGCAUCUCAAUAUUACUUCUAUUUGUGUGAAAUUUAUAAAACAAGUUUCUAAAACCUAUAAUGUAUAUAGUUGGAUAUUAAAAAAAAAACAUAAAGCUUUAGUACUAAUAUUAGAUGAAUAUGAAAAAAAUCAAGAAGAAGAAGCCAAAUGUAUUGUUAAAAAAAUUUGUGAUAUCAUAAUUUUACUUUCCAAUGAUGACAAUUCUAUGGAUAAUGAUAAACAAGCAGAAGUUAUAUAUUUAGUGGAAUGGCUACUUUUAAAAGUCCAUUCUAAUAACUUAUAUAUUAAAUUGUCUGCAGUAAGAUCUUUAGGAAAUUUUAGUAGAUUUAAAUAUGAAUCAAAUAAUAUAGGUAAAAUUCCAGCUAAAGUUAUUCUAAAACAUAUAUCAUGUUUUAUAAAUACUUUGGAGAAAUCAGUUAGUGAUAGAAAUUCAUUGAUGGAAGUAUCUAUACUUUGUAUGUUUAAAAAUAUCUUGUAUGUAACAAAUUUUGAAUUUAUGGAAGAAAAUGAUCAAAAUAAAUUAAUUAAAUCUACUAUUGAAGUUUUAAAUCACACUACUUUUAAUCCAAUAAUUAUGAAAAGUUUGGAUGUAAUUGGAUGCAUAAUUCAAAAAGGAGGUAUCAAUCAAAGACAACUACUUUUGUACAAAAAUUCAACUUUUAUCAAACAAGUGACAACAUAUUGCAGUAGUGAUGAUGAAGAUAUAAGCUUAAAAGCUAAAAAAUUACUUUAUUGUAUUGAUGAAUAUAUAUCUGAAGAAUUUGAUGUUACACAAUCUGUUGAAGAUAAUUUACAAAUAAUUAAUUAAAUUUCAAAUUAGUCAAAA